AUGAAAGUUACAUGUCUGAGAGGAUUUAAGAUCGACUUCCCUGAAUAUGCUGAAAGGAGUUUAUGCACUGAACCGACCUCAGGAAAACCCAAGAUGGCCGCCAAAAGGAAAGGUGGCCUAAAACUCAAUGCUAUCUGUGCCAAGCUGAGCCGCCAGGUGGUGUACGACGGUAGUUCCCAGAAUGCAGAGGGAGACCAGAGCAUAGCAGAGAACAGUGAGAGAGGCAGUUCACACUAUGACGAUAAUGAGACCAACUUCCCUGAGAGUCUGAGCCUAAGCCAGAGUCUGGAGGAGGACCAGAAGCGGCGCGAGGCCAUAGAGAAGUGGGUGAACGGAGAGUACGGGGAGGAGCCACUGGGCGACUGUGACGACGAGGAGAGCUCUUUAAGAGUCAGCAAUGAUGAGGACUGCCCUCCAGAGGGCGUUUACAUGGUACAGCCCAAAGGCUGCAGCGAUGAUGAGGACAUCGCAGAGGAGGCAGAGGCGCUCCCCUGCUCUCAGGAAAACACUUUGCAUAACAACAAAGACACAGAGGAGAAGCCCCCCAAAGACCCCCCCUACAUGCAGAGUGAGGCCCAGAGCCGGCCUCCGUUCUCCGCCUCAGGAGAGAGCUCGGUCCUGCAAGACUAUGCAGCUAUGUUUGGUUAUGAUGACCAACAAGUAAGGGAUGAGCUGACCAAGAAAAUCAGCUUUGAGAAGCUCAAAGCGUCUACCUCAGACCCCUCGUCCCUCAACAGCGAGGAAGCCUCCCGCCGCGCUCGCUUCUCCAAGUAUGAAGAGUACAUCCGCAAGCUGAAAGCCGGAGAAACCCUGCCCUGGCCCCUGCAUGCUUCCCCUCCCAAACCAGAUGACCUCAAUGCAAAGAUGGCCCCAGACAAGAGCGGCUUGCUGCAGAGCUCCAGCUUGCCAGGAGCAGAGGCGCAGAUCUUCCCCUCCAGUCUGGACCACAAGUCCCGUGGAGGACCCCAGGCAGCAGCCACACAGCCCCCCUCCUCUCUGCACAUGUCCAACAUGGCAUCACGAUCCUCCAAAUAUGACUUCUUUAUUCAGAAGCUGAAGAGGGGUGAGAGUCUGCAGCCACAGAACGGUAACGCUUACAAACGUCCCUCUAAGUAUGAUCUGGAGAACGUCAAAUACCUGCAACUGUUCAAACCUGAUGGAAACCCUGACAUGGGUGGGUCCAUCGCCUUUAAGACUGUCAAAGGGGGGCGACCCUCCAAAUACGACGUUAGAACAAUACAGAAAAUGAUGCCCGGAAACCCAGAGGCCUCGCUCAUGCCCAAUGUCCUGGCCUCCGUCCCAGGGAAUCCAGGAACUCCAGGGGUCCCCACUGCAGGGGCUGCUGGUGCCAUCGCCCCGGGUCUCACCAUGGACCAGACCGGACACCUCAGCUUCAGCACUGCUGAGUACCUCAAGUCCAGCUUCUCCAAGACUGACUCCAUCACCUCUGGAACUGUGUCUUCUGUCAAAAAUGGCCUGCCACCAGAUAAACCUACUGGCGAAGAUGUCAACGUCUACCAGAAAUAUAUAGCCAGGUUUUCCGGGAGUCAGCAUUGUGGCCAUGUGCACUGUGCGUAUCAGUACAGGGAGCACUACCACUGCAUGGACCCAGAGUGUAACUACCAGGUGAGCAGGUUCACCAGUAAGCAGGACGUGAUCCGCCACUACAACAUGCACAAGAAGAGGGACAACUCUCUGCAGCACGGCUUCAUGCGCUUCAGCCCUCUGGACGACUGCAGCGUCUACUACCACGGCUGCCACUUGAAUGGAAAAAGCACCCACUACCACUGCAUGCAGGUGGGUUGUAGCAAAGUGUACACCAGCACUUCUGACGUCAUGACCCACGAGAACUUCCACAAGAAGAACGCGCAGCUCAUCAACGACGGCUUCCAAAGGUUUCGAGCCACAGAGGAUUGUGGAACUGUGGGUUGCCAGUUCUACGGCCAGAAGACCACUCACUUCCACUGCAGGCGUCCAGGCUGCACCUUUACCUUCAAGAACAAGUGUGACAUUGAGAAGCACAAGAGUUAUCACAUAAAAGAUGACGCUUACGCCAAAGAUGGCUUCAAGAAGUUCUAUAAAUAUGAGGAGUGCAAGUACGAGGGCUGCGUUUACAGCAAGGCCACCAACCACUUCCACUGUAUCCGCUCGGGCUGUGGCUUCACCUUCACCUCCACCAGCCAAAUGACGUCCCACAAACGCAAACACGAGCGCCGCCACAUUCGCUCCUCGGGCGUCCUGGGACUGUCCAGCUCCUCCUUCAUGGCUAACAAAGAUGAGCCAGAAGAGUCCAGUAAUGAUGAUCUGGUAGACUUCUGUACUAUCAGUAGUAAGAACUCCAGUCUGAGCGCCUCUCCCACCACACAGUGCACUACAGCCUCUCACCUGAUGGCCACGCCCACCACCUCUGUGUCCUCCUCGCCCUCCAGCCACAGCCUGAAACCCAACCCCAACAUGGUGGCUGCUGUAGGGCAGAGGAUGAGCAACCUCCUGUCCCAAACGCUGCCCAGUAACUUGCCCGUGGCUCUGGCGCUCUCCAGCAGCGCUUUAUCUGCUCCAAACCCCUUCUUCCCCCUCAUGCACCGGAUGCCCCUACAGCCUCCGCCGCACUCUGCUGCUAGUCUCAUAUCUGCUGUGUCCUCUGGAGCUCUGUCCAUGACGUCUGACUCUCUGAGCCAAUGCUACUCCAGUGCUGGGGCCGAUGGAGCCAUGGCCUCCACACCAACCUCCUUCUCCACCGCCUCCAUCAUGGAGAAGAUCUCUGCCAGUAAAGGUGUCAUCUCGCCCAUGAUGGCCCGGCUGGCAGCUGCCGCACUGAAACCAAACAAUUCUGAAACAGGGAAUGGCCAUCCAGCGUCAGGCCAGUACAAUCUGGUCCAAGUGAAGCAGGAGCCCAUGGAGUUGGGGUUCGGAGGGUCUCAGGACUCUGGCCAGGAGCACAGCCUGGACCUCAGCAAGAAGGAGCACAGUAAUGAAUCAAACGGACACGCCGUACCGGGGAAUACAUCUCUUUUAUCCUCGCUUAUGAAUAAGAUGACGCAUGUGAACCCUGCCCUCUUUAAUGCCAUGCAUAUCAAAUCUGAGAUGGAUGCAAACCACGGGGGAGACCACUCAGAGGCUGGGCACUAUCUGAACCAGGUGCUCAAAAGGUCGCUGCCCGAAAAGCCCAAUGAGAUCUGGAGGACAUACCUGCGCAGAUUUGACACUGAUGACUUCUGUGAAGCGCAUUGUGACUUCCUUCAAAAGGUGCACUUCCACUGCCUGGUGGAGGACUGCGGGGCCCUCUUCAGCACUGUGGAUGGGGCUAUAAAGCACGCCAACUUUCACCUGCGGGCCACUUUAAAAGUGAAGUCUGAGGGCUCGUACAGUGAGCAGGAGUCUGGAGAGCCUGCUGCCCCAGUGUCCAUGGCUAACAACCCCCCAGUGGACAUGUCCCACCUUAGCUCCUCCGGGGGCUACAGCUCGCCCCCUCCCUCCAUGUUGGCAUGGAAACAGCUGACUGGCACCAUCCCUCAAAUGUCCGCCUCAAUGCCCACUCUACCGGCCAGCUCCCCCUUGCCCACCACCUCACUAGAGAACGCCAAGCCACAAGUCAAACCUGGCUUCCUUCAGUUUCAAGAAAAUGACCCCUGUUUGGCAACUGACUGUAAAUACUCAAACAAGUUUCACUUCCACUGCUUGUUUGGUAACUGCAAGUACGUCUGUAAGACCUCGGGAAAGGCAGAGUCCCACUGCUUGGACCACAUCAACCCCAACAACAACCUAUUGAAUGUGAGGGACCAGUUCGCCUACUACUCACUGCAGUGUCUGUGCCCCAACCAGCACUGUGAGUUCAGAAUGAGAGGCCACUAUCACUGUCUGCGGCCAGGCUGCUUCUUCGUCACCAACAUCACCACCAAGCUGCCAUGGCACGUUAAGAAGCAUGAGAAAGCAGAGCGCCGCGCGGCCAAUGGAUUCAAGUACUUUACCAAGAGAGAGGAGUGUGGCCGCCUCGGCUGCAAGUACAACCAGGUGAACAGUCACUUCCACUGCAUCCGCGAGGGUUGCCAGUUCUCCUUCCUGCUCAAGCACCAGAUGACCUCACACGCACGCAAACACAUGAGGAGGAUGCUGGGGAAAAACUUUGACCGCGUCCCAUCCCAGAUGCUGCCAUUGGGCCACAGGGCAGAGGACAUGCAGCACCCCUCCAGCCUGGUGUCCGGUCCGAUCCCCAGUCAGACCAGCCUCUCCGCAAGCUUCUCCAACACCUCCAUGGAUGAAACCGAGGACUAUGUGGACUACACCGGGGGCAGUCCUCUGGGUCUGUCUUCCGAAUCCUCCAACCAGGACCGGAGCUGCACCAGCACACCCGUGGGCAAUGACGCCUCCCCUGCAGUGUGUGUGUGUGUUUCCCCUCUGUCUGUGUGUCCCACCACCCCUUUUGGUCACCCUGUCUCUCCAGGACAAGGCUUCCCCUCCACACCUUCUGCCCCCACCACCCCUGCUGAUACCACCCAAACCGUAGCUUCUCCUCCUCCUCCGCCAGCCCCGCCUGCCCUGGCCCCUCCUCAGCAGGGGCUGCAGGCUACGGCCCUCCCCCCUGCCCUGCUGCGCCCGCCCCUUUCCUCACUCCCAUACCUCCUGUCUCCACCCUGUCUGUCAUACUCUCUGCUCAGCGCCUCUCUGGGAGCCACUCGGAGUGUUGUCAUGCCAACCAACACACCAGCUUACAGCCCCAUCAUUGCCACUCCGUCUCCGGUUAAAAAUGACGUCCCUAUAGUACAGGAUGCUGCAGGCAAUACCAUCUCCAUUCCCACUGCCACUGGGGCCAAGAAGCGCUUCUGGAUCAUCGAGGACAUGUCCCCUUUUGGCAAGCGUCGCAAGACCGCCUCAUCCCGCAAGAUGCUGGACGAAGGCAUGAUGCUGGAGGGAUUUCGUCGCUACGACCUCUAUGAAAACUGUAAAGAUAUCAACUGUCAGUUCUCUCUGAAGGUGACCCACUAUCACUGCACCAGGGAGAACUGCGGGUACAAGUUUUGUGGUCGCACACACAUGUACAAGCACGCCCAGCACCAUGACCGUGUUGACAACUUGGUUCUGGACGACUUCAAACGCUUUAAGUCGUCGCUUAUCUGUAACUUCCCUGACUGCCAGUUUUCAGGAAACAGCACCCACUUCCACUGCCUGCGCUGUGGCUUCCGCUGCACCGACAGCACCAAGGUGACGGCCCACCGCAAACACCACGGAAAACAGGACGUGAUCAGUGCCGCCGGCUUCUGCCAGUUCAGCUCUAGUGUGGACUGUGCGGUCCUCGACUGCAAGUACAAGCUCAAGUGUUCGCACUUCCACUGCACCUUCCCUGAGUGCAAGCACACUGUGGUGGGCAUGUCCCAGAUGGACUCCCACAAGAGGAAGCAUGAGAAACAAGAGCGAGGGGAGCUGCCCUCAGUCUCACCCAAACAGGAAGGGCUCCAUCUGAGCGGAGCAGUGUCAGCCGUCACCCCUGUGUCUAUGGCUAUGUCCCACAUGAACAGCAGCCCCUCCAUGAUGUACCCAGGGGGAGCCCUGGGGUCAGAGUACAGUCACCCGUAUCCUCCGUCCUCCAUGGGCAUAGACACAUCCCUGGACAGCUCCCUGAACCUGACAGACACCAGCAGUUCCAUGUUCUUCCUGAAGAACGCUGCUGGGCUGGGCCUCAAUGACUCUCUGGACCUCAGUAAAAAGAUGCUACAAGACACAGGGCUGUCCAACCACAGCUCCACAGCGCUGAGAGCAGGCUCUGCGCCGGACGAUACUACCGGGACGUCCGGCGAGGCAGAGGAUGAUCUGUCCCCUGAGGAGGAGGACAUGAACUCUGAUGAGGACUCCAUGGUGGAGGGGGACAGACAGAAGGACGCUGCAGAGGAGCUGGAUGCUUCUGUGAACCACUCUUCCCCACUGGAAAACUUCCCUGUGGAACAGGAGCCCUGA